UAAGAUCAAUUCAUUUCAUUCAUGUUGUUCACUUCGCUUGCUUCAUUGCAAUAUUUUGAGUUUUUCUGAAAUUAUAAAAGUUAUUAACAGUUUGUAGAAAAGUAAAACACAAAAAUGUCUGUAGAUAUCAACGAUAUUGGAUCACAAAAAGUAAAGAGCAUCGCGACCGGUGAGAGCGUAGAGUUGAAAACCUUUUGGGAUGACCAGAAUGUGGCGAUCAUAUUUUUCCGACGAUGGGGAUGCAUGCUGUGCAGAUUGUGGGCUAAGGAGCUUGGUGAAAUAGCUCCAGUGCUGAACAAACACAACAUAAAGCUGAUCGGCGUUGGCGUAGAAGAGGCCGGUUCUAAGGAGUUUGUCAACGGGAAAUUCUUUGAUGGAGAUCUAUACUACGUGGAAAACAUCUCAACAUACCAGACUCUUGGCUUCAAGCGAUUCAACGUGGUCACCAUACUCACGUCUCUAUUCUGGAAGCAGUCCAGAGACGCCAUCUUCAAAGGCCGUGGAAUGGGCCUAGGGGGCGACUUGAAGGGCGAUUGGGUCCAAACUGGAGGCGCCGUGCUGGUUGAAAAGGGCGGGAAGUUGCUCCGCCAUUUUGUUCAGACUGGACCCGGUGAUCAUUUGUCCAAUAAGGACAUUCUGCAGCAUUUCGGUCUUGAGAACGAGUAUAACCCGGAGACGAUGGCAAACAAGAAACCAGAGGAAAAAGAGUGCACCACAGAAGCAAAGCCCUAGGCCUUGGCUAGCGACCCUGCAGAAGCAAUCCCUCGCCCCUAUUCACUCUAUAUGGAUGGAUCGGCGAUGUAAGCUGCAAAAAUCUUGGGUUUAGUACGCAAUCCAUUGACAAUUUUAUACUAUACUGUAUCCACGGAAGCAAGAGCUAAGAGGUAAACAAAGAAUGACACUUUUUCAAGAUGGCGGUAUAACCCGACCGAUGACAAAACGUCACAUUUUUGUGUAAAAUGUUCGCAGUAUCUGUGAUUUUGUUAUCGGUCGGGUUAUACCGCCAUCUUGAAAAAGUGUCAUUCUUUGUUUACCUUUUAGCUCUUGCUUCCGUGGAUAGAGUAUAACAUUUUGUAACUAUGAGACUGAAAAACCCGUAUUGGACGGGCUGUAGAAAUUAUUAGUAUUUUUUUUUGUUUUGUUUGUAGCUGUUUGUAUUUUUUUGCAGCGAAUUUUAUUAUAAACGUUUUUUUUCUUUCUAAUUAGAAUGAAAGAUGUGUUUUAAAAAUAAUGAAGCUACAUUUAUUUGUUUUUGAUUGAGGCUCUAUAAAAGACAAAUUGUUUUGUGAAAAAAAAUCGCAAGUAUUAUAUUAAAAGACAAAGACAUUAGGUAUAUUUUUUUGGAAAAGAGGCUUUUAACAUAGUUUGUAAAUUAAUUAAAGUCGUCAAUGGAUCGUGUAAUAAAGGACUGAAUUAUAUUUAAACAUAUAAAUGUUGUAUUUUAAAUAAUAACGUACUAUUUUUGGUGAAUGGUGUCUUUAUCGUAAACUUAUAUCAUGACAAAUUGCAUUUUCUUGUAACUUUAUAAGACUUUGUUAAAAUAUCGUAAACUAUUUAAAUCUUUAUAUGAAAAAUAUUGUAAGUAAUGCUGGUUCAGACGGUGUUUGUUUGUUGUUAAAUAUUUGCAAAAUUUAAAGUAAAAAAAAAAAGAAAAAAAGUUGGUACUGAAAUAUUUAAAUUGAAACCAAGUUUAUAUCGUCUGAACUGAGACAAGUAUCAUAAAAUAGUAAUUUCAUAAAUAUUUAAAAUGUUUAUCAAGUUUCAUAAAUAAAUAAAUAAAUAUCGAGUCUAGAUUGAGCUUAUAAUGUUCUAUAAUACUUAAAAAGUCUAAUAUCAUCUGUCUAUAAGAUAGCAAGUGAAAAAAACAUAAUUUUUCUAUUAUAUUCUCUUUGAUAUAAUUUUGAUUAUUUUUCUUUUGAGAUACAUAAUUUUGUCGAUAUAUCGAUAAUAGUGUAGUCCCUUAUCGAUAUAUUUUGUCGACCUUAGUUUUAAGUUUUAUAUCGUAAUUUUAUUCUUGUUUUACAUUUUUAUUGGCUGGAAUUUCCCAAAAAAAUAGUUUUUUUGUAAAUUAUAAGACUGUUUUAUUGGAAUUUAAAUUGGGCCUAAUUAACUUUAAGGUUUAACGAAGGCUAUGUUAUAAAAGUAUUGUUAUACCAAAUUAAAAUGGAGGCUUUUUAUUUAAAAUUUUUGAAACGCAAAAAAAUACAUUAUUUAUUAAUAUUUUUGUCUGUAGGCUUUUCAGACUCUCAUAUAAGGCAAAGUGAAGUUUUGACUGUCGCGUCAGUCAUGACGGAGAUAGUUGUGUUUUAAGUACAUUUAGUAACAUUAAAAUAUUAUCUAAUUGUCAAAUGAUACCACUAUGUCCUUUUCUGAGCACAUUUGUCUAUUUUACUGACCAUAGACCAAGCCUGUUACCUAAUUAAAAUGCCUUGUUUGAGUUUUUUCCACAGACACGUUAAAAGAAUUGAAUAUUGUAUAGAUGUCGGAAUUACAUUAUGUAUAUGCCUUAAAAUUUGAUCAGUAGUACAUAAAAUGUUGGUUUACUUAAAUUAUAAUAAGUUGACAUACUUUCCCAGAGUUUAUAGAAGUUUUUUCAAUAUAUUUGAUAAUUUUAAGAUAUUUUCCAUUUAUAUUUUUACCUUUAUGAAUAUGUAUACGUUUAGAAUUGGGUGUUUUUAUUGUAUUUUAUUAUCAAGUUUACUUUGUACGCUCAAAGUGUUUUAGAAUAAAAGUUAAUAUGGAA